UGACUGCCUAUGGGAGGGUUUAAAAAUGAUUGGGAGCCAUCUUGCACACUCGCUUUACACCCCCAAAUAUAUGUCACAACUCUACACUUCAAACUCGCAAACACAAUUACACGGAGAGAAAUUUUCAACCACCGUCGGUGGAAAACCUUAAAUUGUUUAUGCUUUGGAGAGAAAGGAAUGGGCCGAAAAAUUGACAAGAGUAACACUGGCGUCCUCGCCCUUGGUCUGUGAAACUUCCCUUUUGCAAGGAGGCAUUCGUUCAUUUGCGGAAGGAUAACUGAAGCUAAUACUCCUGCUUAUAAUAUCUGUGACCUGUUGCUUGAAUGACCUUCAUAUUGAGAAGCUCCACAAGAUACUUUCAUAUUGAGAAAAAAAGGAACUAGUGAAAAAUAUUGCUUUAACUUUUUUGUGCGCUUUGGACACGGAGAAAGGUGCGGCAAGGACAACCUGCAAAUUCUUUUGCAAGCCCAUCAGGCCAAGUAUUAUUUCCACUGUUGUUUUUGUCGCUCACUGUUUGGAGGAAGGAAUAUUAAGGAAUGAGUACAGCCAGAAUGGAGAACCCUGUUAUUCUUGGACUGUCGAAUCAGAAUGGCCAAAUGAGAGGCUCUGUGAAGCCAGCAGGGGGCCCUGGAGGUGGUGGAGGGGGGUCCCAAAUAACGCAGCCUGCCCAGGUUAAAGGCUCCAGCACAGUCAACAAUGGCAACUCUCAGCCUGCGCCCACAGCCAACACCAUCAUUAAGCCUGGGGAUGACUGGAAGAAGAAUCUGAAGCUUCCUCCAAAGGAUAUGCGCAUGAAAACUUCAGAUGUGACGGCCACCAAGGGAAACGAGUUUGAGGAUUACUGCCUGAAGCGGGAGCUUCUCAUGGGCAUCUUUGAAAUGGGCUGGGAGAAACCAUCACCUAUACAGGAGGAGAGCAUUCCCAUUGCGUUGUCUGGAAGGGACAUUCUGGCAAGAGCCAAGAACGGCACAGGAAAAAGUGGCGCCUACCUCAUUCCCUUACUUGAACGCAUUGACCUGAAGAAAGACAACAUACAAGCGAUGGUCAUUGUGCCCACUAGAGAACUGGCUCUACAAGUGAGUCAGAUCUCCAUCCAGGUCAGCAAACACAUGGGCGGGGUUAAGGUCAUGGCAACUACAGGUGGAACCAACCUCCGUGAUGACAUAAUGAGACUGGAUGAAACGGUGCAUGUUAUCAUUGCCACUCCAGGAAGAAUCUUAGACCUCAUCAAAAAGGGGGUGGCCAAAGUCAGCCAAGUACAGAUGGUGGUGUUGGAUGAGGCUGAUAAGCUCCUGUCACAGGACUUUGUAACGAUGAUGGAAGAACUUCUCAGCUCCUUGUCCAAACAAAGGCAAAUUCUUCUGUAUUCUGCCACUUUCCCACUGAGCGUGCAGAAGUUUAUGAAUACUCACCUGCAGAAGCCCUAUGAGAUAAACCUGAUGGAGGAGCUGACCCUCAAAGGAGUCACCCAGUAUUACGCCUAUGUAACUGAAAGGCAGAAAGUCCAUUGCCUUAAUACGCUCUUCUCCAGGCUCCAGAUCAAUCAAUCGAUAAUAUUCUGCAAUUCAUCCCAGCGAGUGGAGCUCUUGGCCAAGAAGAUAUCUCAGCUUGGUUACUCGUGUUUCUACAUUCACGCCAAGAUGAGACAGGAACACAGAAACCGUGUGUUCCAUGACUUCAGAAAUGGCUUAUGUCGAAAUCUCGUCUGCACUGAUCUCUUCACAAGAGGAAUUGAUAUACAAGCUGUGAAUGUGGUGAUCAACUUUGAUUUCCCCAAACUUGGGGAGACGUACCUCCAUCGCAUUGGCAGAUCCGGUCGUUUCGGACACUUGGGUCUUGCCAUUAACUUGAUCACCUACGAUGACCGCUUUAACCUGAAGGGUAUUGAAGAACAGCUGGGUACUGAGAUCAAGCCUAUUCCCAGCAGUAUUGACAAGAGUCUAUAUGUGGCCGAGUACCACAGUGAAAGUGGGGAGGAGGUCAAACUGUGAGCAGUAGAGAUCACCAAUCCUUCUCCCCUAGUUCCAUGUCUUUCCCCCUACUUGUGUCUAGGGAAUAGUUUUUUUUUUUUUUUUAAACUUUAUCUUCCGUCUGUCUUCCUUUCCCCGCACCUUCUUACCCAAGCUCCUUCCUUUUUGUCUGGUGCCACCACAAGGAUUGUGACGCUGUCCCAAUAAUCGGGGAAGGACUCAUGGGCCAAUAAAGGACUGUUGCACCAAUAUUUUUUCAACACUGAAGAGUUCGAAUCACUUCGAGGAGGGAAAGAGGGGACGUGAGGAUUUAUCUGCCAUGAAAAAGAAAUGAUUACUCGUCGCCUGCAAGCACAUCCACACCCUGCUGUCGCUCUAUCCCUCGGCUCACCUUCAUAUUUCCAGUCAUUUGUAACAAGUGCCUUAACAAGCAGUCUAACUUGUUCAAAAGUAAUAACCGGAUUGAUUUAUGACAUUUCCCAUCACUUGUUUUGGAGACACCAGGAUCUUACGCGUUUUAGUAUUGCUUGUCAGCCCAUUUCGUUUGACGUCAGAAGAUCCAUUUUGCGUUUGCCACCUAUAGAUUUUUGUGACAGGAUUUCACAGCGAGAGAGCGGAUAGGGCAGCGAAUGUGAUUUGCGCAGUCUCUGGCGUGAAUAGAGAAACCCCCUGGAGAACUGAGAUGAUAUCAGCGAUGAGCGUGGCAACAGAGAUGGGGAUAACGUUCCAGUGGCAAGCUUUCAAAAGUCCCACAAGGCUCUCAAUGGCUUUUACCUUCAUUUGCUCAUGGAACAUACCGUGCCUCUAGAGACCCAUAACUCUUUCCUCCUCGGUCUUCAGUGGGCCAACACUAAGAGACUUUGACCAGACUCUCACAAGCCUUUCUCCUGGCCAUGAGGACUCCCUAUUUAGACGAAUGUGGAUCCUUUUCUUUUGAUUUCAGAGCAGUUUCACAUUCUUGUCGGCUAGGCACGCUGUCCUAAAUGUGCCAUUUUAUACAGAUCUGGCACAUUGUAAACAUUUUGUAAAUACUUCAUUUUUUUUUUUUAAUAGAUUGUUUUAAAACAAGCUAAACGGGCUGGAUGACUCUUGAGAAGAAUAUCGCGAAGAAGAUCUUUUAAAUUCAGGACUCUGUCAGCACUGGAUGGCACUGUUUUGUUUGCUUAUUCUGUUCUUUCAAUCUUGGGAAAGUUUGGCCAAAUUUAAACCUUUCCAAGCAGCGCACCACUCUUGUUAUAUAAACAGCGAUUUGGGCUUCUUUAUUUCAAAGCAUUUUGUUCAAGAGUUUGGGUAUAAGCUUCAAAGCCUUAAAGUAUAGUUUCAUCCGGUGGUGCGGUUGGUUAAAUUUGCACUUGUGUUCUAUAAAUUAUUAACAGUCAUCCGUAAGCCACUGUUGACAGAAGUUCCUGAUGUUGGGUAGCUCAAAUAAUAGGCCUCAUUUAAGGGUUUGUGAAAACAAGAGGCUCAUUUACUUUCCAGCCUUUUGCUUGUAACUGACUUAUGAGGCACUCAGCAGGGUCCCCUUGUCCGGGCGACCAUAGAGAUAAUUUAAUAUUUUCAUCAUGUAAUAGUGCUACUUGCUGCAGUGCAGCUCGAAUUGGUGAUGCGCAAAAACGUUAAACAUGAGCGAGAUGUGUAGCUGUUACGUGGGUCUGUGUUCACCACUGUUGGCACUAGGGCAUGACUUUAAACAGACCGUUGGGGAGGUGGGAUUGACUUGGAUGUACCCCUUUGGAAAAAGAAAAAUAGAAAAAAACCGGGAUGCCAAGAAUUCGAAAUAAUGGACCGAUAUAAUGUAGCGGCAGAGAAAUAGUGCACCGUAAGUCAGCAGUCUUUUUUGUGUAAGAAGACCAUGUUCUCAAGAUGCUGCACAGAUUUAACAGAAGAAUCUAAACCUUUGCAGUGUGAGCUGCACUUAAGUUUGAACUGUAGUUCAGGGGUCGGGCAAUAAUAAUACGGGCUGCACACGUGUUGGGGGCACUUCCUCGGUUUGGGCACUGAAAUGUUCAGACCGAGUUUUUUUUGUUUUGUGGAAAUUGUGGCAGGGAUGUGGGUAUUUAACAUGGGUAUUUCAUGGGUGCUGAUAACCAAAUGAGUUUUUUUCUUUUUGCAGCGCAAUAUUUCCCCCCAAACACUAAUAGCCUUUAAUGAUUCGCUUCCUAUUUUGGGGGAUUGACAGGGGCAUGUUCAAUACACUUAAGCCCUUCCGCUGCUUUUGAGUAAAUUUGGGCCCAUGCCGUUUUGAGGGGUGUUUAUUUUGGGUGGGCUGGAGAUUGGGAGGGAUGCAAUAUGUGUUUUGUGAUAAUUGGCUGAAAUGAAUUGAUAUCUGUCCCCAUUUAAAAGUCACACGCAGGUGAGAUGUGUUGUUGUUUGAUUUAAUGGCUCGGCAUUGUGUGCUGUGGAAUGUUGCAUGAGGUUUUUCAUGUACCUUAAAGCAAGUUUUGUCCUCUUAUUGUCAGGUUUGUAACCAAAUUAUAAGCAAAAAUAAGUUGUUCAAUGACUUCUAUUAAUAAUGUGCAACAUUUCCCCAGCAGCAUUGCUUGAGUCUAAACUUGUAUUCUCUUCUCUAUUGUGUGUGCGCCUUUGUGUAGGCACAUUCCCCAUGUUUUUUUUUUUCUUGAAUCAAGAGAUCUGCUUUAGAGAAGAGUAUAUGAAUUAAUGGGCUCGUUGGCAGCAGCCUAGUUUUUAUUUCAAAAACUAUUGUUGUGAAAAGCACUGUGUGAUCCUAAAAUGUUGUAAAGCAGCAUCUGUCGGAUGUGCCGUGCUCUUGACCACAGUGGUAUGGGGUUUUGUUUACUUUUCCUCAGUUUUAUUUGGAAGAAUGAUGUGGAGAACAUCUUGCCUGUUUGAAAGUAAAGUUUCCCUUGUAUACAACAUAUUUUUUUUAACACCAACAUCCACACAUUCUUCUAAAUGUUUUUUUUUUGGUUGGGAGGGGUGGGUGGUUUGCUGCCCUGAUGCAUCCUUAGAUUCUUGACACUUGGCAGUACCGCUGGUCUGUUCAGAGUAGGAACAUUGAGAUGCAUCAGUCUGGGUUGAGGGUGAGCGGGUGGGUAAUAAUGGAGAGAAUAAUUAAGAGAAUUUGGAAAACAAAAAAUUGAAAUCAACAUCUGGAGUUCUGGGUAAGGAAAAUUCGAUCUCUAUACUUUGCCCCUAAAUUUGAGAUUUUUGUUUUCUUAAGCAAGCACCAGUUGUGUAUUGCAUUUCAAAAUGACCAGUUAAAUUUACAAAGUUAUUUUUGUUUUCUCCUUUUUGAAAUUGGGCAGUUAUAAUUGGCAUUGUUCUCAGUGAUGCUACAUUUUAAAGACUGAAGUUAUGUGAUGUGUAGUAAAUGCAAUGGUUAACAUCUAUGAUGGUUUUUUGUUGAAAAAUAAAGCUCACUGAAGUUCCAUUAAA